AUGACAGUCAACGUGGACGUUCCAGCAACAGACCCCGCAGUUUAUGCUUCUUACGAAGCGAAAUGGGCCACACUUCCAGACACCGCCGAAGCCUGGCUGGCCAGAGCACGCGAAGUAGCUGAAGUUCUGGCGCAAGAUGCAGCCCAGAGAGACCAGGAGAAUAAGUCUCCACGCGCUGAGAUUGCACUUCUGAAGCACUCGGGCUUGCUGAAGCUAUUGGGACCUAAGAAGUAUGGGGGUGGCGAGCAGCCGUGGAGUAUCGGGUACAAGGCGAUCAGGGAAGUCGCAAAGACAGACGGUUCCAUUGGCAUGCUGCUUGGUUACCAUUUGCUGUGGUCGACCACCGCAAACGUUGUUGGUACCCCCGAACAAAUUGAACGUACCCACCAAUUGAUCAUCGCGAAUAACUACUUCGUCGGUGGUGCGGUCAAUCCACGUGAUAGUGACCUGACAAUCACAUCAGAUGGCGACCACAUUGUUUUCAAUGGAGCCAAGCACUUCAACACUGGCGGUGUUGUAUCUGACUUGACCGUUUUGGAGGGUGUCUUAGAGGGCACUGAGGGUCACAUCUUUGCUCUGGUCGAAACCAGGCAGCCUGGAAUUAGCUUUGCCCACAACUGGCAUAAUAUUGGCUUGCGCCUGACAGAAUCCGGCGGGGUCAAGAUCGAGAAUAUUCGUGUUCCAUGGAGAGACGCGCUGGGAUGGGAUGAAACCACCAAGCAGCCGCGUGAAGAUGUUUUACUCGCUCCAUUCGCCACUUUGCUUCUCCCAACUAUUCAACUGGUCUUUAGCAACUUCUAUCUUGGCAUUGCCAUCGGAGCUCUGGAAUUCGCAUCCAAGUACACAACCAAUGGCACCCGUCCUUGGCCCUUCGGUGGAGACAACAAAGAGUCCGCAACGGACGAGUUCUAUAUUCUCGAGCGAUACGGUAACUUCUUCGCGCACCUUCGGGCUACCGAGGCGCUGGCCGACCGCGCAGGCGAACAGCUCUCUGAAUUAUACAUCCGUCACGGAGCUAACCGGUCCGCAUUGACUGCGGAGGAACGUGGCGAGGUUGCCGAGUGGAUAGCCAGUGUUAAGGUAGUCACUACGGACGUUGGGCUUCGUGUUACAUCUGGUGUGUUUGAGGUGACCGGUGCCCGGGCAACGGCCUUGAAAGUGGGACUGGAUCGGUUUUGGCGGGAUAUUCGAACGCACACUCUGCAUGACCCGGUGGCUUACAAGAACCGAGAGUUGGGUCGGUUUGUGCUUCUGCGGGAAUACCCCGCGCCAACUUGGUACACAUAG